UCCCUUGAACUACGCGCUAUGUCGUCCACGUCCUCGACGACCGUCGGUGGCCCAGCUCGGCAGGGAUCAACGCGACGCAAUCGUUACUCACGUUCGUCGACGACUAGCGUCACUCAGCUGCUCAGCGACUCGUGCUCAAGUCUACUUCAACGUUUGACAACCCGCGUCCGCGGUCCCUCGAACACCGUAUCAUCGUCGAGCAACGUUGACCGGAAAUCGUCCUCCUCCUCCGUUUUGGGCAGCACGCGUUCCCGUCUCGAGGACAAGUACUCCUCGGUCCUUGAACGGUAUGGGUCGAGAAAACGGGACGACAGUUACUCCCAUCGAUUGGAUCGCGACCACAGUUACUACCGUCGCGACGGUAGUUACCGACGGGACGACAAGACGCUCGAGCCCUCGUCACCGACCCCCGUAACCCCGACCUGCGCCGCUCGCAGCGUACUUUUGGCCGAGAAGGCUUAUCCAUACGUCGCGUCCGCCCCCCUCUCCGUCAAUCGUGAAAAAACGCCGGGCUUUCACCGGUCGGUAACCGAUCGACGGUCGUCUCUUCUUUCGUCGGAGUCCUUUAGGCGUUACGGCAGGCACAAGAGCGGUCACGCCGACUCGCGUCCUUCGUCCCGCAAGGCUCGACCUCAUCGGACCGGUCGGAGCGACUCGUGCAAAGCGACCGCGACGACCGCUGCUCAUCGGCAGCAGCUCAGGCCCGUUGAAAUCGAUCGGGAGCUUUUUGAGACCGUUGAUCCCGACCGGACGCCGACCGCUUUUAUCGACGAGAGUGCAACGGCUGCUGCCGAUCAGGCGGUUUCAGAACGCGAGGCUAAACGCAAGGAAAUUCAGAGUUUGAUUAUGAAGUAUGCCGCGCUUGAUAAUGUUCCUGUUAAUAGCAACGCCGUCGCGGUCGAAGACGCUUCUGCUGUUCUUCAUAAUAAUGAUGAUAAAGAACAAACGAAAUUACUAUCGUCACGACAGCAACCACAACAACAACAUCAGCAUCAGAAAAAACAGAUUAUUAGCACCGCUGAUUUAAUCGCUUCGAAAUAUCAUCGGGGGGCCGCGUUUACGGGCACCGAUUUACUCGCGACGACUAGCCCUCGACCGCCCUCCGUCGAGGAUGACGAAGAUGGCCAUCUUGUUUACCGAUCCGGCGACAUCCUGGCAAAUAGAUAUAAAGUACUGGCCACCCUGGGCGAGGGUACCUUUGGAAAAGUUGUCAAGGUUAAAGAUAUGCAGAUGGAUCACGUGAUGGCCUUGAAGAUAAUUAAGAACGUCGAGAAGUACAGGGAAGCUGCUAAACUCGAGAUAAAUGCUUUGGAGAAAAUUGCUCUCAAGGAUCCAGAGUGUCAACACUUAUGUGUAAAAAUGCUGGAUUGGUUCGAUUACCACGGUCACAUGUGCAUCGCCUUUGAAAUGCUCGGAUUGAGUGUGUUCGAUUUCUUGAGAGACAACAAUUAUCAACCUUAUCCCUUGGAUCAUGUUCGACACAUGGGAUACCAGUUGUGCUAUGCUGUGAAAUUUCUUCACGACACAAAACUCACUCACACUGACCUGAAGCCAGAAAAUAUACUCUUUGUUGAUUCUGAUUACGACAUAGCUUACAACAACAAAAAGAGGAUAGAUGUGAGGCGGGUCAAAAGGACAGACAUUAGACUAAUCGAUUUUGGAAGUGCCACUUUUGACCACGAACAUCAUAGCACAAUCGUCAGCACAAGGCAUUAUAGAGCUCCGGAAGUGAUUUUAGAAUUAGGAUGGGCACAACCUUGUGACGUCUGGUCAAUCGGCUGUAUAUUGUUCGAGUUAUACCUCGGCAUUACCUUGUUUCAAACGCAUGACAACAGGGAACACCUCGCAAUGAUGGAGAGGAUACUUGGGACGAUCCCCCACCGCAUGGCCCGUAAAACUAAAACUAAAUAUUUUUAUCACGGUAAACUGGACUGGGAUGAAAAGAGUUCAGGAGGCAGAUAUGUCAGGGAUAACUGCAAACCCUUGCACCGUUAUUUACUCACGGAAGACAAAGAUCACGUCUUGCUGUUCAAUUUGAUCGAAAAAAUGCUUGAGUACGAACCCACGCAGCGUAUAACACUGAAGGAUGCUUUGAGUCACCCAUUUUUCGACGCGUUACCUGCAUCUCAAAGACUACCGGACGUUAGAGCUACCGGUGAUAAUUCCGUUCCAACGCACGAGCGAUCUCACUCGUUGUCGCGAUGAAGGUAGUGACGGGACCAAUCAUCGAAGCUAAACGGACACUUUCGCUCGCCAAUGUUGAGGCACAACCACGAAGAUGAUAUAUUACUGAUGAAUAGCUUGAGACAUUUUUUUGGGUAUAGAUCCAAAUUUAUUUUCACUAUGAUUUCCUGAGAAACGAAUUCCGUUAUAAUUUUUCCGGGAGUUUGACGAAUGUUCAAAUGUCAUUGAUAACUAGCGCAUUAUAUCUCUUUUCUUCGUCCUUUCUUCAUCGCUGUUGUUUUUGUUAAUAAUGUUUACCUUACGAUCAUUCGGGGGAAAAAAACGAAAAAAUAAAAUAGAGCAGCGAUGAUAAGGGUCUUGGUGCUGGCACGUAAGAUCUGGUGUUUACGUUUAGUCGAAAGCAACAGUGUCCCGAAAUUAAUGUAAAUGUUAUUUUAAAACAACUCAUGAAUCAACUUCUGUAAAUUUUAAAUAUUUUUAAUUUUAUUAAUGAUAAUAAAGAUAACGGUAAUGUGGUGUUCUAUUAAAGCCAGCAAACGUUUCAAGCAAAAAUAAUGAAUUGGCGAUAGUUCAUUGUUGAAUAAAUAACGAUAGCGAUCACCAUGAUGAUUAAGAUAAUCAUAAAAUCGUAAGAUUCUGAGAGUAGGGCUAAGUAUAAGAUAUUCAUAAUGCAAAGCUCCGAAUACAUGUACAACUGAAACGAAGGGGGGAACCAAAUGAAAUUAGCUGAAAAGAACGGAAUAAAAGUUGUAUCAAAUUGAAUGAAAUUUCUGUUUCCUUGAAAUUGUACUGAUUGAGGAUUUUUACCAGGAGACGUUGUUAGCGUAACGACCGACAGAGAUGGCAGGCUGUGAUAGUACCUGCUGUUUCAUUUAACAGAACGAAAAUACAAUUUACAUUGUGGUAAGGCUAUGUGUACAUAUAUAUUAUACGAAUAUAUAUGGAUAUAUACAUAAAGAUAUAUAUAUUAUGUACGUGUUUAAGGCAAAUAGAUUAACAAAAAAUUAGUGAAAUGAUAGCUAAAGGAUCAUUUUGUCUCAUCAUUAAGUUUCUUUUUUUUUAAUUGAUUAAAAGGACUGAGUUCGUUAUCACGAUUACGUAUAUAUGUAGAUGAUUCUUUGUCAUUUCAUAAACUUCUGCUGACAUAUUUUUUUGUCGGAUGCCUCCAAUCAAUUUUUUAACGAUUCAAGUUCCAUUUAAGUUGAGAAGAAAAAACAAAUCAAUGGACUCUUUUUGAGUAAUGGGUAUUAUGAAAAUAUCGUAACAUUUAUAAUCACCUGAAAAAACUUGGCGAAACAGGUUCUCUUCGUUUUUAUAUUCCUUUUUUUUUUCACCGAUCACUCUUAAUUCUCACGAAGUGAAUUGCAAUGAAGUUGGAGAGGCUAGCACGAAUUUGCUUAUUAAAUUGGCGAAGAUUGACUUGCAUAUUAUUCAUUACAUUUAUUUAUUUUCUUUUCUUCGACUAAUAAACGACUGAAUGAAUUCUACGUUUUAGUUCCAAUAAUGCGUUGAUGAUAUUG